CUGCCGGGUCAUGCGGUCAGCCUGCGCACCUGGAGCCGGGUGGUGCAGUUUCUGCUGCGCCAGUUGCCCAUAGACACCUACCCCGAGGUGCUGGGACGUUUCCUGCCUGAGUUGGCCAGCCGCAUAACGCGCAUUGUCAUCUAUCGCCUGGAUGCACAACAGCAUGCCACUGAGGACAUUCCACUGACUGAGCUCUCUGAUAUUUUGGCACUUCUCACGGACCUGAUUCGUCAUAUUCAAGCGCGUUCUCUUGAUGAGGAAAUCAAGGAAAGGCAACCGCUCUUUUUGUUCUUCUUUCCUCGGGAAUUUUAUGUGUGGAACUUUUGCAGCAUGCUCUUCUAG